AUGGCUGCAUUACGAGAUGAACAACCCACCCAUAAGGCUGAAAUCAUAGGUCUUAUUCGAUGGAUCGACGAUAACUCGGUUCAAGGAAUCGAUGCAUACGGCAACGGGAUUCCUUUCAUGCCCCAGAACGAUCUGAAGCACUAUCUUAGCCAGAGAAACCGACUUCGAGACCUUCUCAAAGCCUUGUUUGAACCCGAGGAACCCCCUGCCAACGUUUCACCCAAAUCGAUCCUCACAAAAUGCAUCUCUGUCUUUGCCAUACUCGUGAAAAUCGGAAGGGGAAGAUACAUCGGAGAAUUUCUACGGUACAGGGAGUUAUCCGACCACCAACUGCCUUUCCUGACCAGACCUCGUGCCUUUCUGUCCUUGCCUAACGACGACAACUUCUUCAGCGACUUCUGCAAGCAUCAAUGGCGGUUUUGUGCUCACACUUUCGUAGAAGGGGAAGACGACAUUCGCAUAUCAGAAUCGUGUAUUUUACCGAUCCUGAGCAAGGAGAGCCUCGAAGAGGGCGGCACGGCGGACCUGUUCAAGGUCACACUACACGCUGACUAUGACAAGCUUCAGUCGUCGCCAGAGGAUUUGGACAGGCCUAGCACGUCUGAAAGGCCACGCAACACCUAUGUCUUGAAAACGUUCCGCUCCAAGCGAUAUGCCGCCGAAGCGCUCUACAGAGCUGAAAGCGAAGCCUUCUAUCAUUUGAGGGGCUCGCGCGCCCAUGGCAAGCACUUCAUUGGAUUUUAUGGAAGCUUCACGCAUGGUGACACCUGGAACAUCCUCCUCGAAUACGCUGAUUGCGGCUCGCUUGAGAACUACUUCAAUACAGCUGAACCACCAUCUACUGGUGAAGAUACUAUCAAACUGUGGAAGUCGAUGUUUGAAAUUGUAAAAGCAGUCCGCAGUAUCCACACCAUUCCGCCUCCGGAGACGCCUGAGGCUGCGCCUGCGCCUAUCUUUAAUGGCUGGCAUCAGGAUAUCAAGCCUGACAAUAUCCUGGUAGCCCGCCGCUCGGUCGACGGAGACGUCGAGUUCAAGCUUGCGGACCUAGGCCUGGCGCAUUUUCGCAGAAUCAAGGCUAGGAGACAGGGAGGCCAUGAAGCAAGUAUCUCGGAUAAAGAUGCAGGAGGUACAAGGGCGUACGGGGCACCUGAGUGCUAUCGCGGAGACGAAUCUGAACACGGGAUGACGCGCAACAUUGGCCAAGCGGUUGAUAUUUGGUCUCUUGGUUGUGUGUUUAGCGAAGUUGCGCAAUGGAUAGCCCAUGGUAAAAAGGGUCUUCACCAAUACAGGGAUUCUCGACGACAAUUCAUUGCGAGUGUGAUGCCUUCCCACCAAGAUCCAGGCUGCUUUCAUGACACCCAGAAGGUCUUGAAAAUAGUCAAAGAUACCCACGAGGACCUCUUCAAACAUGUCCGGAUUGACGACUUCAUGAUGAGGCCGGUCAUCAAGAAAAUGGUGGAAGAAAUGUUGUAUGAAGCCGAUGGCCGGCCGACGGCCUCACAGCUAUGCUACAAGGCGCACAAGAUUGUUGAGCAGGCCGACAAAGAGCUUCAACAACCUCAGCAAUCACUGAAAUUAUCACGGAGUUCCACCACGCAAUCCUGGGAUCUGAAGUCGGAUAGAGCCCUCCGCCGAAGACCAAGUCAGCCAAAUCGUACGGAGGUUGUUUCAGCUCCCGCUCUGUCUCUGAGUAGCUAUGUCGACAAAUCGGACCCCCUGUCGACUCUGGACGCAGCAAAAGUACGUUCGGACGCUUCAAAGGACGACAUAAGACUGAACGAAUCACGCAGAGCAUUGCUGGGCAAGAACACGGCUUCGUUACGAACGCUCUGCGACGAUCCACCAGACGAAAACCACUCGCAUUCAAGGCAAGCUAGCCAUGGCCGCCGCGAAGGCUCGAUCGCUGGCCCUUCGUCCCCACCCGCAUCAAUGACAACAAAACCCUCCUACAAUAGCGACAAUAAUGAGCAAAUACCAACUAUGACAACUAGCCAAGCAUUGUUCUACAUCCUGUCUAAGAAGGACGGAAGGGGAGACCUAGUACCCAGAGAAGCCAAGAGAUGCCUACAUGCUCUUGCUAAGAGGGACCAUGUUCUCCUUAUCGACGACGCCGCCUCCAUGCAAAAGCACUCAGUUGAAGUCCAGAUGGUGACGCGCAUUUGUGCCUCUUUCCUGAAGCCAUAUGAUGACGAUGGAUUGGAUGUGUACUUUGCCUCUUCCAAGGAGCGUUUGAAUUCCAGGAAUGUCACGCCACUGAUGACAAGAGUCGCUGGCCAUCCAGCCGGGGGCACUUCCGAUAUUGGAUCCUGUCUUGAAGAUUUGGUGACUGACUAUAUCUACAAGAUCGAGGGCCGACACCGCAAGAGCCUUUUUCAUUUUCGUAGCGACAAACCGCUGAAGCCUUUGAAUGUCUAUGUCCUUACCGACGGUAUUUGGGAAUCCACGUCCGACGCUGAGGCUCCUAUCAAAAGACUCGUUGCUACGUUGAUACACCAUCAUCAAAGUUCGGCCCAAGUUGGGAUUCAAUUCAUCUUCUUUGGCGACAACCAGCAGGCUCGAAAGAAACUCGAGUGGCUUGAUGAUGACUUGGGCCUCGAGAUGGACAUCGUGGAUAUGGAGCCUGCAGAUGGCAACGUCUUGAAAAUGCUUGUUGGCGCCAGGUUGAAGAAGUUCGACAGAGCGGUGACCAACGGGUUCAGCCCCUAA